UUUUUUUUUUUUUUUUUUUUUUUUUUUCAGAGGAAGCGCUACCGAUGGACGAUCCAUUAUUUUACGAAGUCCAAGGGCUUCUGAACAUCAUGAACCGCAAGGAAUGUAUCCUUCUUGUCGUCAGUCGCAAAUACGUGACACCUUUCACGGUUAAGAGAGACGAAAGCUUCUGGAGAGAUGAAAUGCUGGGAAAAAUUGUCAAAUUCUACGAAGGCACACUGGCACCCAAAUUGUCGGCCGACAUGUUACCGCGUAUUCGGAACCUUCAAGUUGCAGCAUAUAUUGCUUACGGUGCCAUCAGCGAAUUGGAUGGGGAAAAAGCUCUCGAUAUUUAUAGAAGAACACAAGAUGGUUCAGAAGCGUACGACGUCUUGUGGGACGAGUCUCGAAUUCGGAUAAUGCCACAACAUUAUCACCUUGUUAUGCAUCCUAAUAUCUCAACGAAAGAAAAAGUGAACCAAAUCUUGAAAGGCUAUUACACGUCCAGGGAAAGAUGGAAUUGGCAGCAGAGCUCCAGAAAGUCUUUCCUCAAUAGGUACAUAGAUAUGCAUCCGGAAUGGACGAUCAAAGAGGACGGUGGGUUGACAAUUGACCCGGCCUUUCCGUACCUGGCCACAUUUCCUACCGCUUAUGGGUACGGCUCCCUUCAAGAUCAACCUCAGUCACCCCCGAAGCGUCAACCUUCGUCACCCCCGAAGCGUAAACCCUUGAAGCGUCCAUCAUCCAGAGGACAAGCUGUCUUAGCUCUGGAAGCACCGCAGCCGCCAGAAGUUCCGAAAAAUGACUUCAAAUCCAAGAGUACAAGUGGAUCGAAAGUUGAUGUUGAUGAAGCUGGUAGUUCGCCGCCGAGAACCAAGACAAGACUGCAAGUCAUUUACGAAGUUGUUGCAUUCAUCCCGAGUGUCGCAGACGCAUACCAGUUGAAUGACCUAUAUGUUGAUAAAGGAAGGACCUUGUUAAAGAGAGACUCCAGGUCCUACUACAAAGUGCAAGGCUCCAUGGCGAUAAGCCGCGUGAGGAGGUGUCUUUUCAUCCUGGGGAAGCUGGGCACAAAAGAGAAAGAAAUCUUGCACUCGGAGGUCGUCGACUUCGACGCGAAAGUCUGGCGAAAACUGCAACAGAAACUGGCACAUUUCUAUUUCAGCACCUACCUCGUCUACCACGCAAAUCCGGAGUUCUUCAAGAGUCUUGCCCGCGGCAAAACACUCAGAGACCUCAUCGCUGAGGACCCUUUUCCUACGGCGGAGGAGGUUGAGGCUAUUGCAAAGGACGCUAAAGAUGAUAAAAAGGAAGAGGAUGUGCGUGAUUGAGGAGAAAUCUCCCAAAAAUGUCAGAUUUUAAGGGCACUGAAAAAAGCAAAUUGCUGAUUUUCCUAACAAUGUUGUUGUUCGAAGAAGUGACUGCAAUGUUUCAAUGUUGAUUUUGCAACAAAAAAAUGGUACUUUAACAACAAGAAAAUGCUACUUCAACC